AUGCCGCUCUGGUACCCUGCACUUUAUCUCGUACAACCACCAAUUGGAGGCCACAAGACUGCCAUUAAUAACCCGAACGUCUCUGACGAAGCCAAGGAGCACUCCCGCCAGGUUAUCGAUGAGCUCGAGAGCCAGUCCGAUACCCAUCAAGCCUACGAGAACGAUAAGAAUGAGGUUCACAUCAACGCAGAACAUAUGGCUGCCUUGAAGAACCCAGGAAUCCAGGAACAAUUCUCGGGAGUACUUGGAAGAGCACGAUGCACUCUAACCUUACGAGUUAUUCUGCGCAAUAGUUCGAAGUUAUAA